GCCAUGGAGAAACAGAGAUCGAAGAAGACGAAGAUAUCCGAUGAUCUAAUUACAUGCAGUGGAAACUCGGUUCAGAUUCCGUUUGAUCUCAUCCCGGAGAUACUCAAAAGGUUACCUGUCAAAACCCUAGCUAGGUUCCUCUCCGUAUCAAAAGAAUAUACUUCCAUCAUUCGCAACAGAGACUUCAUGAAAUCGUACUUGAUUAAUUCUUCGACUCGCCCACAAAGUCUCAUCUUUACAAUCGCAGGCGGCGGAAUCCAUUGCUUCUUCUCCUUGAUUGAUCAAGGUGAAUCAACUUCGUCUUCUAAACCAACUUACCUUAUGAAUUGCCCUCAUCUACAGCUUAAAACCUUUGCUCCUUCUGUUCACGGUUUGAUUUGCCAUGGACCUCCUUCUACACUAAUAGUGUCUAGCCCUAGACUAAUAGUAUCUAACCCUAGCACUAGACGAUCCAUUAUCCUGCCCAAGAUUGAUGCUAAUCAUGAAUGUAUAUACCACCAUAUGGGUUAUGAUCCUAUUGAUGGUGAUUACAAAGUGUUGUGUAUGAUGAAAGGCAUGCAUGUUUAUCAGAGACGGUAUUUAGCUAAGGAGCUUCAGGUUUUCACUUUGAGAAAAGGGAAUUCUUGGAGGAUGGUUGAAGAUUUUCCUCCUCACUGUCUCUGUCAUGAAGAUACUCCUGAUUUGUGUAUCAAUGGUGUUUUGUAUUAUGUAGCUAUGCUCGACACAGCUUCGAAUCAUGCAGUCAUGAGCUUUGAUGUUAGAUCUGAAAAGUUUGAUCUUAUUAAAGGAGGACCAGACGGGGACUUGAAUCCAAAGCUGACACGCUACGAGGGAAAGCCUGCACUCCUGUUUCCUGGAUCUGAUUAUAGAAUUAACUUGUGGGUUAUAGAGGAUGCUGCAAAACACGAAUGGUCCAAGAUGUCUUAUGAUGUUUCGUCUACUUCACUAAUUCGCAAUCCUUACUUUCAUCAUUGUGUCUUUUGUACUAAUGAUGCAGGGGAGAUUGUUUUGGCACCCGACUUUGUGCGUACAAAAACAUUUGUUGUUCUUUAUUAUCAUCCAAAGAAAAAUACUAUGAGAAGUGUCGUCAUCAAAGGAAUCAGAGAUCGAAAGAUUCCACUUUGGGAUGAGGCUUCAUACCAUAGGAUAAUCUCGGUCUUCUCUGGCCAGGUUGAUAAUCUCAUGUUUCUCUAAGAAAUGUUUGUUCUUCAUCUUUAGAUGUGUUUCAUCGUACUUGCUUGGGAGGUUUUUUGACUAUCUUUUGUCCUUUGGUUGGUGACAGUUUGUUUAUGGACAUAGUCUCGGCAUGUAUUUAAUAUGUAGACUUUCUGUUUUGAACUUCCUUUUAUAUAUCUAAGUAUCUAACAAAAAAAAUGAUAGAACUAGUUUUCUUGAAUGUUGUGCUUAAUGCCCUCAUGGUUAGCUUUCAAUAAUAUCCAAUGUUAUACAUGUAAUGCUUAAUGCUCUCAUGGUUAGAAUUUAUAAAGGAUCUAUAAAAGC